GCACGGCAUACGGCAGUGUGUACAAGUGAGUUAUCCUCUAUGCAAAGGACAAACUGAAAAGGAGACUACUCUUCAUUGUCGGGCUGUUCAAGUAAAACCACCAACAAAAUAACACGCAAGUGCCAAAGGAAGCCUUUGUUUCUGACAUGGCCAACCCUUUAAGGGGUGAGGUUAUCAAGCUGUACAAAAAUCUGCUGUAUCUCGGCCGUGAGUACCCGAAGGGAUCCGCUUAUUUCAGGGACCGUCUCAAGUCAGCCUUCAUGAAGAACAAAGACGUGACGGAUCCUGAGCAGAUCAAGAAGCUGGUGGCCCGAGGAGACUUUGUCAUCAAGGAGCUGGAGGCUCUCUAUUUCCUCAGGAAGUACAGGGCGAUGAAGAAGAGGUAUUAUGAACCCGAGAAAUAGCAACACACAGCUUCAAAUCACCGUCCUGGGAUGAAACACACACAAAGGGAACAGUUAACCGAAGUGCGAUCUGUGUGUCAACAAUGUGUCAUAGCUCAGAUCAGUUUUCUAUGUUCACUUACACACCACUGGACACCCAUAACGUCCCAACAGCAGCUCUUCUGCCUCACAGGGGGGGGAUGGAAAACUCUAUGACUGAUAUUGGAAUAGCAAUUACAGAAAGUUUAUUUUUAUAUGGGGGAAAAAAAGAGAAAUUUAAGGCCAGUGCUUCAAAUCUCAAAUACUGUAUCAUGCUAUUAACAUAGAUUUUCUCUCACAGAGUUCUGGUUUGGCAGAUUUGUAGCGUUGCACAAGUCAGCAUUUCAUUUGAGGGGUGUGCUGUGAAGCCAGACUGAUGAGUUUUGAGACGUUUGUUGAGCCUGAAGUCGGAGUUUUCAGUAAGAUAGCACUCAUUUACACCUGGAUAGAUCACUGUGGCAACUUCACCAGAGGUAGUGAUGCUCAGAGUUUCAGAUUUAAAUCGACUGUAAGAAGAGCCUCCCUUUCUGAUCAUAUUAUCCAUGAGCAGUGCAGAUUAUAAGAUCAGAGAAUACAGUAGACCUGCAAACCUGUUGAGCUGUAAGUUUGUGAUGCCACGGAGUGAAACUAAGUUUGAUUUGUUUGAUCCUGAUUUGCUGCUGCACAUCAGAGUAAAACAGAUCUAAUAACUUACACCAUUAACAGUUUUCUAUCGACAUUCCUCUCUUGCCUUAUUUGCAGCAGCAGUGCUUUAAGGGAUAAUGUGUUCUUUAUAGCUUUCCAUAAUAACAACCUCUUCCUUAUAACUGAAGUAGUUCAUUUUGUGCAAAAUCUAGUAAAGAAAACCUGCGUUGACAAAGAAAACUAUGUGAAACUUGCUUCAUGGUGCACCCCUCAGCUCAGUUGAUCCAGUGGAUGGCCAAACUGUGAUUGUUAUAAGGAGUUAACACAGACAGCUGCAUGAUCUGUAUUAAACUGUGGAGGGAUGUAUCAAAGGAACUGAAUCAUGUACACCCAAGUGUUUGUGUUCUGUAUAUAUUUGUGGUCAAAUUUCUUGAAAAGUGAAUGUUCAUGACUCAAUGCACUAUAAGACAAAAAAAUCAAAAGUGUUACGAAAAUGUACAUAUAUUUUUUUAAAACUGUGAUGCCUCGUGCCAUAAUAAAUAAUCUGAAAAGAAACAA